UAGACCACAACCAUUUGUUGUGACCGACUAGAAUCCGACUUAUUGUUCGGUUGGCUACAUUCCAAGCGGAGAAAAUAUCUAAUAUUUAUCAAAUCAUUUUGGUGUUUUAAGACCUUCUGUAAAAGAUGUUCUGAUAAGGUUAGCAUAUAAAAAAAUUCGUUACUGGUUUUGUUUGACAAUCGAGCUUACCGAUCCUGGAGAGACUCACCUGCACACAUAUAUGCAUUUCUUGCUGGGAAUUUAUGUGGAUUUCCUAUAAUGCAAGCGACCGCACAGAUUCCAUUCUAUGCUUAUCUCUUUUGUCUACAGAAAGGAUCAAACUGCAGUCAGAUGGAGUUAACCGUAUGGCGCGGCGAUUGGGGAUUGGGCUCCGUAAGCAUCGAUUGCUUAGAAAGUUUGGCAUACUGCAAGCUGGCUGGAGCUCUUAGUCGUCCAGUUCAGCAUCGCAAGUACAUCUUCACUGCGGACCUCUCUGCGACGUUAUGGCACAGCACAUAUGGAAAAACGGUAAUCGGCACACCGGCUAUAGUUAGCUACUUAAAAAAAGGGGAAUUCGACUUGGAUCGAAACCUGUCGGCUCGUGAGCGCGCCGAUAUCCUGGCGUACAAAAUAAUGGUGCAGCAUAAACUUGUGCCUGCCCUUAACUAUGCAGUUUGGUGUGAUGAAAGGAACUACGCAGAAGUAACACGGCCAGCGUUCGCUCGUAUUGUGACGUUUCCUUUAAAUUACACCGUACCAGGCCGACUCCAGCGGGUAUAUCUAGAUGAACUAUGGGCACGCUUCGGACAAACAGCUAAUCCUCAAGAUGUGGAAACGCGCCUAAAUCGGGAUGCCCGAGAGUGUUUCUUAGCUCUGUCGGAAAAAUUAGGAAGUUCGCAGUACUUCUUUGGAAACAAAGCAACAUCGUUUGACGCAUUCCUGUUUGCUCGGCUUUCCUUCGUGCUUAAAAUUCCAGUUCCCAAUGCAAACCUUGUAUCGCACUUAAAGACUUUUCCCAACCUGGUCGAGUUCGUUAAUAAAAUUCACAAUAAGCACAUCGCUAGUGAGGUUCGCAAGCAAAGAAGCUCGAAGGAGCGUCCUGAAUGGAUUGGAAUCGCUUUAUCGAUCUCAUUUGCAGCGACAGUUAUGUUUUACUACGCUUUCGCUAAGGGCAUCCUCCAGAUCGAGUUUGAGCCAACCAGUGGUGUUUCGUCUGGCGGCUAAUUGCUACAAUUAACAAUUGUAAUCGUGUAAAAUAUGCCUGUUUCUGAAGCGAAACGCAACGGGUUUAUCGGCCGAAUCUGGUAGAUCGCUACAGUUAUUUCAACAGAGAUUUAUAAGACAGAGGCAUCGUCUUAGCUUAUAGGGCGAAAUAUUCCAGUACUUUGGCAUCCUCGCUUGAAUCAAAUAGGAACUGAAUUUUAGAUAUAUAUAUAUAUAUAUAUGCAAAAGUAGUUCGUUGAAGGAAACUUCUAAAUAGAGUGGUAACCGCCUUUUGAGGUGUGGGGAAUUUCAAAAAUGAAAUGAAAGCUUUUUAAAAGGCUGUGCUACAACAAAAAAGUUGGAGAAAACUUCAGUUGCGACGUAAAUCGAAGACCACAAUCUAAUCUCAAAAGGAACUGCGUUGCCAGGCUCCGCCACUUGGAUUGUGGAACUGCGUAAGCAAUGAUCUAAAUGUUCAUGGUAGAAACACUGAAUUAUAUAAUUACUAUAUAUGGGAACAGUUUGCGGUAACCCUUAGAAAGGUCACCGUAACUGCGAGAAAAACUAUGAGGAUAGCAAAGUCAAUAUUACCUUUGACAGCAAGCAUGCAUACAGCAGCCAAAUGAAGAUAUGCUUAUCUGUCAGCUUUUGUCCUCUAUAGUAUUAUAAAUAAAUAGAAUGUAUAUUUACUGAUUAAACCAAUUUUUUAAAGGAAAGGUGAAAUUAGCCCUCUAAAACAAGCCAAUUAACAGGUUAAGGCAGCCGAUAUUAAUAACCCGCUUAUACUUGAGCAAAUUCGUAAACGAGCAUUUUGUGACAAAGAGUGACAAAAUUUUUUAUUGAAAUAAAGCUCAGGAUAGUUAUUUUGAUAUAUUUUUACUAUCUAAUGUUAUUAUGAUUGAACAUGUACUAACGAAGGUUGCAGCCACCACUGCCGUCUCUGCUAUAAUGCAAUAUUUUCUUUCAAAUUCAUCUGUUUGAUUCGAAUUUUGAUCCUACAGCCAAACGUGUGGGAGGCGCAUUUCGAAACAACGUUACCGCGUAAGAAAUUGGCAAAUUUUCAUGAGCUUUAGCACUCCGCUGUUUGAAAAUUCAAUAUCUGUGACGCUACAAUAAGGGUGAUGUUUCUUCUGCCAUUUAUAUAUACUGUUUGCUAAGGAAAUCCAAAGCAUUACAAAGCUCUACUUCAUUUCCCAGUACGAACUUCGCAUAGAAAUAGUAACCGUGUUAUGUGGACUUAGCGCAGAUAGUAGUUCCUUUUUUUGAUUCAGCGGUCAACGCCUUUACGUUAAACUAAAAACGUUUUAAUAUAAAUAAAGGAAUAGCCCUUUGCUAGUGAGUAAUCAAUAUAUCUUUAGCUCCAAUUGGUACAGCCAAGACUACUUGAAAAUUAGAUUCUGGUACGAUCCGAGCCCAUGACUUGAUAUGCUGCACAGAGAACGUCACUUUUAUGAAAUGACGUAAGCAUCUUAUGAGUACAGUAUAAAGAACAUUUUCUCCAUUUGUCAAAAAAAAAUCAACCCAGUCUACUCAAGAGCGCAGAUAUAAAUUAGUCGUACGAUAUUUACGAAUCGCUUGCAUACUCUAA